AGUGACUCAAAUGUUGAAUAAAUAGUGUACUUUGUUUGAGGGCUGUAGAGAGAGGAGUCGAGUCUCGAUUAAUGGGAGGUUGUUUGAAGGUUACAUAGGCUUCAGGGGAGGCUCUAUGGUGUACUUUGUUCGAGGAUUGUUGGUAGAGAGUCCACAUUGGCUAAUUAAGUGGAUGAUUCUUGUUUAUAAGUAAGAAAUUCGUCUUCAUUGAUAUGAGGCCUUUUGAAGAAGCUAAAAACAAACCAUGAGAGUUUUCGUUCAACGUGGACAAUAUCAUACUAUUGUGAAGUAGUGGUUCCUAACACCAAACACCCAGUUUUCCAUGUCAUUUGCUUUGUUUCUCGAGAAAAUAUCAAACUUUCCCAAGAAAAAAAAUCUCCUUUUUAACGAUUGCCAGCAAAAUUUUCUCGGAAACCAAACAAAGACAAAAGUAAAACAUCUAGACAAAGAUUUUCAAAAUCCCACGAAAAAAAAGGUUUUUUUUUUCUUUUCACUCUCUUAACUGUUCUCUAUUUUUCUCCAACAUAACCGCCAUAGCCUCCGAAAAUGGCGGCUUCCACUUUCCACUUCAUCACUAACCGUCAAAACCUACAAAGAACAGUUAAAAAAAAAAUCAAACAAUUUUUCAUGUCUUUUCUCAAACUUCCUAAAAACUCAAUCUUAAUAUCUCAGAAUCAUCAAUGGCGACCAUGUCUGCGAAUUUCAUCUUGUUCCUCUUAACAAUGGCGGCUUGUUCUUCUGUUAUUUUCUCUGCUUCUGUCGUUGAAGAUCUUAAUACCUUACAUCCACCUUCAGAUUUCAACACUACAAUCUCCAAAAACUGUCUUUUAAACCCUUCUCUUCGUUACUGCUCUACUUCUCCAAUGAAUCUCAUUGAAAUCUUCAAGUCCUCCAUUGUUGCUAGCCAUCUUUGCAACGAUUCCCGCAACCCCAAUUGCGUCGAGUCAUUCCCAAAAAUCGAUCUUCGUAGUCGACCCAAUAUUGCUCUGUUGUAUUUGUCGUUUCACUUCUUUUGGAAGUACUGUCCUCUGAGUAUCCUCUCCAUUGAUCUGUCUAACAAUUCUUUGAAGGGUAGUUUCCCUAUUGAUGUUUUGGAAUGUAAACAAAUAGAGGCUCUUGAUCUUAGUCGAAAUGAUCUCAUUGGUGAAGUCUCGUUUCGGAUUUUCUCUGAUCUUGCUAACCUGACUACUCUAAAUCUGUCGUAUAAUCAGUUCUCUGAAAGUAGGAUCUCUGAUUCGGAGUUGUUCUUUAAACGGUUUAAUUCGUCGAGUUUUAUAAGUUCGGGUCUUCUUCCGGAUCAUAGGAAGUAUAGAAUGAAGGUUGUGAUUCUGUUGAUUGUGUUUCCCAUUCUUGUGAUUGUGUUAGUGUGGUUCUUGGGGUGGCUUUGUUUCCACAGACCUGAUUUCUUGCCAAGGAUGUUGAGGAGGAAGCACAAGUUCACGCCGGCGAUGCUCAGGGCAGCAACCGAUGGAUUUUCAGAGAAGAAUUUGAUAGUGAAGUGUGAGGGAGUUGAUAUUUACAGUGGAGUUCUAAGAGAUGGGACUGAAGUGAGGAUUGAAAUCUACAGGAAUGGGAAUUCAAGGGAGAUUAGGAAUGAGUUUAUUGAAGAAUGCAAGAUCUUUACCCAAUUAUUCCAUAAAAACUUGGUGAAAGUGCUCGGUUCGUGUCACAACCGACGAAUGAGAGCCCUCGUGAUCGAGGCAUCGGAGGGAGAGAGUGUCGAUAUGUGGCUGUCGAGGUCGCGUCCACCAUGGAAACAGAGACUGAAAGUAGCCAAAGGAGUGUUAGAAGGUAUGGUUUAUUUGCAGGAACAAUGGCCUGCUGUUGAUUAUGAUCUCAGGACAGACAGCCUCUUAUUGUCCAGAAAGCUAGUACCAUUGAUUUCAAGGUUCAAAUUGGGUCAUCAAAAUUGCAGCUCAAGAAAUAUCUACAAGUUCGGCGUGUUCUGGUUCGAAAUGAUAGUGAAUAGGCAGCUACGGGACGAGAUCAAGCAAGAUGAAUCUAGUUUCAUUAGAAACAUAAAAACACAAAUUUCCAAGAAUUUGCAGGCAGUGAUCAAUGAAUGUAUGGAACUACAGAGAGAAAGCAUGGUGAAUCAAGCAAAAACAGCAAUGAACCUGGCAUUGAUGUGUACAGAUCAAUCACAUGGACAUCAGCCAAAUUUGAAAUACAUAUAUGACACUGUAACUAGAUUAUCAAGUAAUCAAAAGAUGCAGGAAGCUGAGAAAAUUAGGCAUAAGAGGAUUCUAUCAAGAAAUUAAGGUAUAUUUAUGUUGUCAAUAACUACAAAGAACUCUGAAAUCUAUUCAAGUGGUUCUUGCCUCGUUUUCGAUAUUCAAGUCGCUUCGUAUUUGUUAAACGUAUU